AUGAAAAGGGGAUCACAAAUUAAGAACCAAAAAACGUCAAAAGAGUCGACUGCCAGUAAAUCUUCUAGAUCAAGUGCUAAUUCAACAGAAAAGACAUUGGAUGUUUUGACAUCUGACGCAAUCAAAAAUUCCGGCGGCUCAAAUGUUUUACAAGCGGAAUACUACAAAGAAGUCGCAUCUGCAGUAAUGAAUAGCAAUUCCCCAUCAUUAUAUUUUGCAAAACCAACAAUUUCUAAAAUUCAAUCAAAAGAAUGGCAACAAUCUUAUUUAUUCGUUAUCAAAUACCUCAAAAAAUACGGAAUGACAAAUACUCUCGAAGCAAUUCAACUUGAAAAUCCGAAAGUUGCUAAAACAUUAAGAGGAAAUAAAUGCCAAUUUGUUUUUGAUGAAUUAAUGGGAACUUCUGAAGACCUUGGUGAUAGAAGUUUCCGCUACCGUGUUGAUAGCUUCUUUGACGAGCACGGAUUGCAACUUCCAGAGAAUCCAUACGCCUUUAGUAUGAGUGAUGACAUUCCUGAUGGAAGUAUUCAAAAACGCCAACAAGUGAGUGGCAGGGCUAAUAUUGUUAAGCCUGUUCUCAAAGAAUAA